CAUACGUCCCCCUACCCAUUGUUGUCUUUCCAUUCCCCACAUUUGCCAACGGCGCUUCCUAUCCUUUAGCACCCAUUUUCUUCAUCUUCUCCACCACACCACGCUGCUCCACCUCCUCUCAUCCCUUCCCAUCCCUCUAUCCCUCUUCCCUUCUAUCUCUUUCCAAGUCCGCUUGCUCAUCCUUUUCCAUCACAGCUCCUGCCCAAUCCCCGCCUUGACGAUGUCGCAGGAGAAGGGUCGGCCAUUGCCAAAGUUCGGCGAGUGGGAUGUGAACAAUCCGGCAUCAGCUGAUGGAUUUACAGUCAUAUUUGCCAAGGCUAGGGACGAGAAGAAAGCUACCGGGACAGCAGCCGGUGGCAACAAAGGACAAAAUUUGGACCAUGCAUCUCGGCCAGCAGAACCAGCGGAUCAGCAGUCCCCCACCACCACGAAGAAAUGGUUUUGUUGCUUCUGAGGCUCGAUGCUGCUUUUGAAGCUCUGAAUCUGUCAAACGCAUGGCGGCAAUUGAUUUCAGCAGAUUACCAUUACGUAGUUGGCAAGGAGGCCGAAUGUAAGGCGCUUGUACAUUUAACCAGCGGCCUCAUCUGAAUCUUAUUACCAUUUUGUUAUGUCUCCAUGUUCCCCCAGCAUGAUACAUGCUGGGGAGAGGUGACAGGAACAAUUUAGAUACACCUUCUCGUCUUUUUGCCUGUGCAAACUUUAUGGCUUCGAAAUGGCCUUUUCUUUAGACUAUUAUAAAUUUAUUAAAAAAAAAAAAUCAGAGGCUAAAAACUGUAGUGCCAGCAGGAAUAAAUGGACUCGAGGAAUCUGUAAAUGAAGCACAUGGUUUGCAUCA